GAGUGGUUCGGGCGCAUUUAGGCCAGCUAUAAACCGAUACCAGAACGUUUUGCCGCUCAGUCAUCUUUCCAACAGCCGAAGUGAACUGAUCUCUCCUGGCCACAAGCCCAGAAGACAUCAGCGAUAUUGAUAGUGCUUUUUAGUGCCCAGUGAAACCUAGUGUGUGCCGUCUGUUGACGAGCUAAAGUAUUCUGUCCGGAAUCUGCGGGACUCGAUUUUGGAUUACAAAAGUGCAUUUUGGUGUAAUUUUUAAGGAUGUCCGUGUUGCGAACACUAGCGCUACUGGCCAUCGGCGCUACCCUGGUACUGGCACAACGACGGCUUGCUCUACCCGAUCCUAGGAGUUGUGCCAAUCGCGUGCGACACGCGACCUACCGAGAUGCCCGGGGCGUAGCACAUUCCUACUUCUUCAGCUGGGAACACAACCCGACCCGUAACCUAGAGGUGGAUUGGCUCGACGCACGUAAUAUCUGCCGCCGGCACUGCAUGGACGCCGUCUCGAUGGAGACUCCGCAGGAGAACGAGUUCAUCAAACAGCGUAUUGCUCGUGGAAACGUACGCUACAUCUGGACCUCGGGCCGCAAGUGCAACUUUGCUGGUUGCGACCGCCCCGAUCUCCAGCCACCGAACGAGAACGGAUGGUUCUGGUCUGGCUCGGGUGUCAAGAUCGGACCGACCACCCAGCGCAACACCGGAGACUGGAGCUACACCGGAGGAUACGGUCAGCAACAGCCGGAUAACCGUGAGGCUGCUCAGGGUAACGACGAAUCCUGCCUGUCGAUCUUGAACAAUUUCUACAACGAUGGUCUGAAGUGGCACGACGUCGCAUGCCACCAUCUGAAGCCAUUCGUGUGUGAAGAUUCCGACGAGCUGUUGAACUUCGUCCGCUCCCGCAACCCUGGAGUGCGUCUGUAAAGAAAAAUCGUUUUAAAAAGGAACACGUUGUAUCCGGUCUCUAAUUAAGCGUUAGUCCAAAAUAUUUAAAAAUCACUCACCCAAAAAAAAAUCAAACAAAUCAAGUCCCCAGCUAAGAUGUCGCCAAGCACGAAGCUGCCACCAAUUAGCGCGUUCCGUAUUGAUAAAAGAAUAGUAGAAAUUUCUCUUCAGUUGUUGGUUCAAUCGAAAGUGAAUAUACGGCUUAAAAAUCAAAUUCUGUUUCUUAUAACCGAAAGAUGAAACGCGAAAUCCGCUUGAUGGCAGCUUCAGAUUUGGCAGCAUAAAUCCUAAACGUAAAGAAGUAAUCGUUAAAAAAACAAAAGAAAAAAGCGAGAGGAGCAACAAAUCCUACGUUAAUAAUCGCGUUUUUACUAUUUAUUGUAUUGUAAUUAUGAUUUUAAUGUAAAAAAUUGAACUCAACAAUUGUUCGAAUUUUCUCUGUACAAAAAGUUAAAAGAGAAGGAAUAAAUAAAGUCGUUAAGUGUGCUAGAUUAGAAACUGUGACAGCUAUUGUUCAUCUACAAAACAAAUGAAAUCGGGAAAUACAUUCAUAAACACAUUUGCUGUUCUAGUGUCAGUGAUUCGAUAUUUUGUACAUUUGUAAGUUUUUGUUUUCUGUGUUGGAAAAUAAAUAGUACCAAAUCGUAAAA